GUUAUGCCUCUAUUCGGAAGGAAUAAAGGCUUUGUUCCGAACCAGAAGACACCGAGAAGGAAAUCAGCGUCUCUCACGAACUUGUCCUCUCUCGAUGACAGCGUCUAUUCACAAAACGACUUACAAGUUGACGGUGGGGGCCCCAUACGGGUGUGUCUAGGUGGUCAAGAGCUCGUGUUUGAAGACGGAAACUGGAUAACAGGUCGUCGAUUUGUAAAGUCGGGCUCGUUAGAUCGACAGUCGUUCUAUUUAUUUUGUGUGACAGAGAGCGGCUCGGGGGCCGAGAGUUCGCGCGAAGUCGUUCGAUUGAAGAAGCACAUUCGAGAGCUGACGGAGGAAAACAAUCUGCUUAAAUUCAAGAAUGAGUUGCUACUGGAUAUGUUGGUUGCCAGUAAUGCUGACAGUCUGGUGCAACAGAAGGAAUUGGAGGCGUUGAAGGCGAGACGUGGCGGAGGAACGAAACGAUGAACGGGAAUGAAUAGUAGUUUUCGUUAUUUUAGGUUAUAUUCGUUAAUUAACGCCCAUUUCAUAUAGUUAUAGGUAUAGACAGUAUGUGAUGAGUAUACAGUACAUGGUCAUACAUCAAGUUUUGAUAUUAAAUGUAUGUAAAGCUGUA